GCCGUUUCCAUCCUGUCUGUCCUUGGCAUCAUUCAAUCAUCGCAAUCAACGCUCCUUGUGGCUGGUCUUGCCGCUUGGAAAUGACAUUCCCUGCUCCUUUUCUCUGAUUGUCUAUGAGAUCAAGGUGGCUAUGAGCGGGAGAAUUCUCUCCCACCGUCUUGGUCCGCUUUUGCGGAGAGGCCUACUGGCACGCCAGGUUCACAACGUGUCCACGAGGACUGGUGGUCUUCUGCGUUCAGAUGGCAGUGCCGCACUGAGAGGCCGUGCAUGGCCCGUUGGCGCAAAUUCCAUUCACAAUAAUGUGUCUACUGUGCGGGCGAUUUCGUUUGCGAGGAUACUUCCCAAGCUGGCGCUGAAGCUAGCACGUGUGCCAGCUAUGUUUGGGGGAGCUAUGAUUGCUGGACUAGCUUACAUUCAGUAUCAGGCAAAUCAGGCAGGAAACUACGCGAUAGAUAUGUUUAAACGGGCCGGAGAGACUGCAAGUGAUGCGGCGACAAGUUUAAUGCAGGGGAUUCACGAUGUGGCUGAGCAGACUCACCGAGGAUGGCAGAGAACGAAAGAGGACGCCGAGCUGCCCGAGUGGUUGCAGAAGAUAUUUCGCCAACGUGAGGAUUCUGAAUCUGGAGAUGAAGGUCCUUCAGGGGGAGGAAGGCCGCCCAAGGAGAGUCGGAUUGGUACUGCUGCCGCUUUUGGGGGUGCCGCCGGCUCAGUCAUGUAUGCGGAUGAAGAUGAUACUGUCCUUGGGAUGGAGAUUGCCGAGCAGGAUCAGAUGAUGCUUCUUACUCGGAAAAUGAUUGAGAUCAGGAACAUCCUGCAAGCGGUGGGACAAUCAAACACUCUCUCACUCCCGUCAAUUGUGGUCAUUGGGUCUCAAUCUUCGGGCAAGAGCUCCGUUCUUGAGGCCAUCGUAGGACAUGAAUUCUUGCCGAAGGGCUUCAACAUGGUUACUCGCCGGCCAAUCGAGCUCACCCUUAUCAACACCUCCAAGGGCCAGACGGAGUAUGGUGAAUUCCCUGCGCUCGGUCUUGGCCGGAUAACCGAUUUUUCUCAGAUCCAGCGGACUCUGACAGACCUUAACCUCGCUGUUCCCGAAAGGGACUGCGUCAGCGAUGAUCCUAUCCGACUAAAUAUUUAUUCCCCUAACGUUCCCGAUCUCUCUCUAAUCGACCUUCCGGGCUAUAUCCAAGUUGCUGGUCGUGAUCAACCUCCGCAGCUGAAACAGAAGAUCUCUGACCUGUGCGACAAGUACAUUCAAGCGCCAAACAUCAUCCUGGCUAUUUCUGCAGCAGAUGUUGAUCUUGCCAAUUCUACUGCUUUAAGGGCAAGCCGCAGGGUGGACCCGCGAGGCGAGAGGACCAUCGGGGUUAUUACCAAAAUGGAUCUCAUCGAUCCAGAACGCGGUUGCAAAAUUCUCUCCGACCAGAAAUAUCCGCUGCGGUUGGGCUAUGUGGGUGUAGUCUCUCGGAUUCCCCAAACGACCGCCUUGUUCUCCAGAAGUACCGGCAAUAUUACCAGUGCCAUCCUGAAGAACGAACAGGCAUUUUUCUCUGCACAUCCUGUGGAAUUCGGCCCUGAGUCGGACGUUUCCGUGGGCGUUGCGACGCUCCGGAAGAAACUGAUGACCGUUCUCGAGCAGACCAUGGCAUACAAUCUAUCAGGGACCAGGGAUGCGAUUAGUCAAGAACUUGAAGAAGCCACCUACGAGUUCAAAGUUCAGUAUAAUGACCGCCCACUUAGCGCGGAGUCUUAUCUCGCUGAGAGUCUAGACAGCUUCAAACACUCGUUCAAAGCGUUUGCUGAGGAUUUUGGUCGGCCACAGGUCCGAGAGAUGCUGAAGAAUGAACUGGAUCAGCGAGUAAUGGAUAUCCUCGCCCAGAGAUAUUGGAACAAGCCUAUCGAAGACUUGACACCUCCUAUGCCCGAACCGGAUCCGUUGAGCGAUCUUCCCAAGGCGGAUCCGGAAUCUCAAUAUUGGCAUCGCAAGCUUGAUGCUUCGACGUCUGCCUUGACAAAACUUGGGAUAGGUAGAAUGGCAACCACAGUAGUCGCGAAUGCUCUUCAGAGCCACGUCGAGCAUCUAUUGGCCUCUUCUACUUUCGCCUCGCAUCCGUAUGCUCAAGCACAGAUCGUUGACGCGACCAACAGCAUUCUGAACGACCGCUUCUUCAGUACUAGCGAUCAGGUGGAGAACUGCAUCAAACCCUACAAGUAUGAAAUCGAGGUCGAAGAUCCUGAGUGGGCGAAGGCCAGGGACAACAUUGGCAAAGUGCUCAAGGACGAACUUCGAGCAUGCGAAGGAGCCCUCAAACGCGUCGAAGAAAGCAUCGGCAAAAGGAAGCUCAAUGACGUUAUGUCCUUUAUUGAAAAGGUCAGGAAAGGCGAAGUGGUUCUAGAAGGCGACGGUUUAGGUGGUGCAGGUGGAUUCAGCGCUGCCUUAUUAAAAAGGGGCCGAGAAGGUGUUUUCCUCCGCGACCGAGCCGCUAUAAUCAAAAUGCGACUCCUCGCCGUCCGCUCCAAACAAUGCUCAAAUAAAAAAAACAAAUACUACUGCCCCGAAGUCUUCCUCGACGUCGUCGCAGACAAGCUCACAUCCACAGCCGUCCUAUUCCUGAAUGUCGAACUCCUCUCGGAGUUCUACUACAACUUCCCCCGUGAACUAGACAUGCGCCUGGGCCGCCACCUUUCCGAAGCCGAAGUCGAAAAGUUCGCCCGCGAAGAUCCCCGGAUCAGAAGACACCUGGACGUUAUAAAGAAGAAGGAAUUGCUAGAAUUGGCGUUGCAGAAGAUCGAGAGUAUUCGGCAACUGGACGGCCGCAAUUUACAUAAGAAGUCGGAGCGUCCUUUAGUUCCCGAGAAGAGGAGUCGUGGUUGGAACAUAUUUUAAACUAUACAUACAUAUAGGGGGGUUCUAGACAGCUUGAAGGCUUUCCCUUUCCGUUUUGGUGCUCACCCCCUGAUCACUAAGUACAUCUGGGCAUGGGGUGAGUAGUAAAAUGCACCCUGCUCGAAGGGUCUUGACCACAUCGACUUGUUUCACCAGUCAGGCAUUGAGCGUCAGCCAUGUUGAUUAAUUAUGUCAGCUCAUUCUUACACAUCACAACCUGUAUACUCACCACGUAGGUUACACCUAUCAGGGAUGGACAUAUAAGGAUGCUUAUUCACCAUCAUGUAUCUAGUUUACUCCUUCUCUCUUUGCGCUCAAAACUCGUUACAGAUUGGAUCUUCACACCAUUUUUACUUAAUCAUAUACUUGGGGGUAAUCUCUAUUCAUCAGAACAAUCUAACUAUGAGGUAUAUGUAACAAGUAGGCCUUGCUUCUUACAUACCUCAAUCAAGCAACACCGCCAUCGCGGUAUACGGUCCUUACGACAUUUACCAGACUACGCAUGCCAGGCGUCGCACCCACUGGUGGUAACAGUCAACCAGAGACAAAGUCUAAUAAGAAACAGAUAUGAGCGAUCCCAAGGUGUAACACCAAGUUUUUGAGUUUUCAUAAUCACAGAUAAACAAUUUCAAAUUCACAAGGUUGUUAGGAAACGAGUUGGUUUGUCUUUUGCCCACCCUAGGUAAUGGGAAUGUGCAAAAGCUGUGCUCGAAUCUCCUU